AUGGCAGAGCCAAAGCCCACCGCCCUCACCCUCGCCAAAGAUUUCGUCGAGGCACUGCUCGCAGGCAGUCACGAUCAUGGCUUCGACUACGAGCUCUGCAAAGCUAUGACUGUGGUUUCAGCAUCACUGGACCCCAAUCCUCGGGCCGUGACUCGCCUGACCGUCACUCUUGCUAUGUGCAAUCUUUCCGGCACUUUGCAUGGAGGUGCGAUCAGCACUUUAUUCGACGUAUGCACCACGGUGGCUUUGGCAACAGCGAGGAGGGAAGGAUUCUGGGAGAUGGCUGGUGUGACAAGAACACUCAGCACUACAUGCCUCCUACCAGUGUUCCCGGGGGAGGAAAUCGAGAUUGUAGGAGAGGUCGUGCAGAUUGGUAAGAAGCUUGCCCACAUUAUCGCCAAGAUGACGCUGGUCAGGAACGCGGCGAUUUUCGGUCGGACUUCGAAAUUGUGA